AUGGACUUUACGUUCUUUGUCACUGAAUGUUACUUAAUAAACACAAAUCAAGUUUUUGUAUCAGCAAUCGAUAGACCAAUUAACCGUCUGGGAACGCAUCGAAUUAUGUCUUCCAUUAUAACAUCCCUAACACCAAACCAAGUCAAUGAUGAAUUGAAUAAGAUGCAAGCCUUUAUUAGAAAGGAAGCUGAAGAGAAGGCCAAGGAAAUUCAAUUGAAAGCUGAUCAAGAGUAUGAAAUUGAAAAGACAAGCAUUGUUCGUAAUGAAACAAACAAUAUCGACGUCAAUUAUGAAGCAAAGUUGAAGAAACUUUCCUUGAAGCAACAAAUCACUAAGUCUACGAUUGCUAAUAAGAUUAGAUUGAAAGUAUUGAGUGCUAGAGAGCAAUCAUUGGACCAAAUAUUUGAUGAGGCUAAGGAAAAGCUAGCAAGUCUUGCUAAGAAUGAAAGUACUUAUAAGCCUAUUUUACAAGCUUUAAUUUUGGAAGCACUAUUAAGACUAUUGGAGCCAAAGGUUAUAAUCAAAGUUACUGAAAAGGAUGCCAAGUUGGUUCCAUCUUUACUCGAUGGUUUGAAGAAACAAUACAAAGAAAUUACCAAGAAAGAUAUUGAAAUCGUUGUUUCCAAGGAACAUUUAAGCAAGGAUAUUGCUGGUGGGUUACUUGCCACUGAUGCCAAUGAUAAGAUUGAAGUUAACAAUACUUUAGAGGAAAGAUUGGAACUGUUGAGUCAAGAAGCACUUCCUGCCAUUAGAUUGGAGAUGUUCGGUCCAUCCAAGACCAGAAAGUUCUUUGACUAA